AUGAAGGCGACAGAGAUCGACAACGAUACCAGGGGGUGGAUCAUGAGUAUCGUGAGUGGAAUUGCUUGUAUCCGCAACUUCAGGAUACAAGAAAGCAAUGUCUUUCUCGCCAGCUCUUUGAGCUUGAGCUUCGGCGUUAUGUACCUUAAGGAGGAUGGUUACCAAGACCAAAAGGCGGGCUUCAUUAUGAUGGGCUGCUUUGUUGGGGGCUUUUUUGGUAUACAGGUUAUCUCCCGUCUGCUGCACCAGUACAUGCCGUCGCAUGUGGUUGAUUGUGACCACACACACAAUGAAGCCGAUACUCGGUCACGCAGCCAGAGCAGAAAGACGUCUUUGUACUCGGGCAGUCGCCGAUCAUCGCGACGGCCCUUUGUGGAGAGCAUCACUAAGAAUGGCCACGCUACCGAGUCCACGCCUCUGCUCAAUGGAGAGACGGCGCAUGAGAACGGAGGAUCCCUGAUGCCGAAGGGACAUACUAGGAGCGCCCUGGCCCUCAACACGACGCACUCGCACCCGCCGCGGAUAUCGCGAAGCCGCGGUGCGACGGUGGAAAGGCGACCCUCUAUGCUUCAAGUCAAACAGCGGAUCGCAUCUUUCAUGAAUGACAUGAAAUCGAACUGCGAUGAGGAGGGCCCUUGCUUUGGGUACUCCGAUCCAUGCGGCCAGGAAUGUUUCAAGCAUGUGGCCAACCGCUCAGCGGCCUCCUCGAGACACCCAACUAUUACUUGGAGGAGAGCGACUCUCAGUGCCAUUCACCCAUCAGUGGACAGUCAUCAUCACGACCAUGACCACGAGGCGCACGGCGAGGACGGCGAGGAAGAGGAUGUCGAGGCCCAACAUCACCACCAUGUGCCCACGAACGCGUUCAUGUCACUCGGCCUGCAAACCUCCAUCGCCAUUGCGCUUCAUAAGUUCCCUGAAGGCUUCAUCACCUACGCCACGAACCACGCUAACCCGUCACUCGGCUUCAACGUGUUCAUGGCUCUCUUCGUGCACAACAUUACCGAAGGUUUUGCCAUGGCUCUGCCAUUGUACAUGGCCCUUGGAAGUCGUCUCAAGGCCAUGUUCUGGGCCGCCAUCCUGGGCGGCCUCAGCCAGCCCCUUGGCGCUGGCAUUGCUGUGUUGUGGUUCAAGCUCGCUAAUCACACCCACAUCAGCCCAACCCCAGUAGCUUACGCCUGUAUGUUUGCCAUCACAGCUGGCAUCAUGGUCAGCGUCGGCCUGCAACUUUUUGUAGAGGCGCUCAGCCUGAAUCACAACCGCAACCUCUGCAUAUUUUUCGGGUUCAUAGGCAUGGCUCUGCUGGGUAUCACUGGCGCCAUUGCAUCUACGCAUUAA